AUGAUAGUCAUCUGCAUGGCGUUUGAGAUUCUACAUUACUGGCCCUUCCACGGCCGUAUGAUGGACGAGAUACCGCACCUGUACCCGUUGUGGACGGAAGCCCUGGAGGCGCGAUACCUGCACACCGGCAAGAACUACACGCGCGCCGACUACGACAAACUCUUCGACGGGUUCAAUGUCUCGUGCAACAUUCCGGGGACCCUGGUCGCGGCUGACCUGAUCAGGGCCUACCCCGAAGCCAAGGUGGUGGUCAGCACCCGCGAGGUGGAUCGGUGGCUGCGGUCCAUGCGGCAGUCGGUGGAUUCUGCAGUUUCCUGGAAAUCGUUUGACUGGUGGACCCCUUGGGAUCCGGGGAGCGCCAGGCAUACCUGGAUGAUUACGCCUGGAUUCAACACGCGCGAUGGGUGGGGGCCGCUAUGCGAGUUUCCGGGGGUCCCCGUACCCGAUGUGCGCUUCCCUCAUGUCAAUAACACCGAGCAACUUUUGGCAGGUUGA